AUGUCCGACUCAAUUCAUGCUCCUCACCCCAGCCCCAACGAAGAAUAUGCCGAAUUCCCUCUCCCUCCAGUUGAACCCAUCAGUGCUAUAACGCCCUCCAGUCGCCAAGACCUCGAGCGAGAACCCACCGCAGAAGCCCAUCAGUAUGAGACCGGACUCGCCGAUCUUUUGCCUGAACCCGAGCCCGAGCCCAUCUCCCAACCACUCGCUGAUGCCGAACCCGAACAACCGCGAAUCCGAUCGCCUCGCGUGCGCUUUCGUUCUAUCAGUCGCUCCAUAAGUGAACGAUACCAUCAUCUCCAUGAUGGUUCCCACAGAGUCUUUUCAGACCAGUCCGACGCCUUGAAACAUCCAUUGUUGCCGCCGCCCGCAGACUUGACCGAUGUCCCGCUCUCCGGAACCGUCACCCCGCCAGCCCCGAUACAUUCUCGCCACGCGGCCCGCACAGCUGGUCGCACGCACCAUGACUAUCCCCCCCUCGAUCCUGAGAAACGUGAGCAUCAUGACCAGAAUGUCGAGCGCACAGACUCUGCACGCGACCGCUUCCGAGCUGCGGGCCAGCUCCUCCGCCAGAAGACCGUGAAAUUGACGGAGCGCCUCGGUCGCUCGCCGGACGACGGCGAGGCGCUCAGUGCAUCCAUCCUGCCGGAUGAUCUGGGGAUUCCCAUGGAGGAAUUGCAGGCACGUCGGGCUCGUCACGAUGCCGAUCGACUGCGCAUGCUAGAGGCCGGCGAGGAACCGCAUGAGCCCCCGCCCAGCGCUGAGGCCCAUCGCUUGGUGCGCAGCAUGACACAGGUCCAAGAUAAUCUAGCCCUGCGGAAGCGUCGCCGACGCGGUGCGUACCAGCGGUCUGGACAGACCACGCCCGAGGGCAUGCUGAAGGACUUUGCCGCUCGUCGCCGGUCAAGUGGUGGGUUCGCCGGUGGCAGUGGGAUUCUCUCACAGCUACUCAAGCUGCACGCCAGUCAGACGGCGAGCUCGUCACGGCCGGAGAGUGUCAUAACCGAUGACUCGGAUAGUGAUACGCAGGUUUCUUCGGGCGCGACUACACCCAAGAAGCUCGGCUCGCUGUCUCCGUCUAUGCCCCCGUCCAUGCCCACCUCGGGCUAUGCCACCCCCCGCAAAGAAAAAAUCAAAUGGUACAAGAAGUCUGCGCACCGGUCGACCUCGUCGCUGAUCGAUGCCUCGAUGAACCUUAGCCGUGCGAGUCUCCCGCCUGGUGCGGCGGAUUCGCUGUACCCGGGUAAGAGGCAUAAGAAGAGUAAGCGCCGGACUCGUCUGGAGGAUGAGAUUCGCGUUACAGUGCAUAUUGCGGAGAUUCUGGCUCGGCAGCGGUAUAUUAUGCAGCUGUGUCGGGCGUUGAUGCGCUAUGGUGCGCCGACGCACCGGCUUGAGGAGUAUAUGCAGAUGACGGCCCGGGUCCUGGAGGUCUCCGGUCAAUUCUUGUAUCUCCCUGGCUGUAUGAUCAUGUCCUUUGAUGACCCGACUACCCGCACGGCGGAGGUGAAGCUAGUGCGGAUGGUGCAAGGUGUUGAUUUGGGUCGAUUGGCGGACACGCAUAACGUGUAUAAAAACGUGGUGCACGAUCUCAUCGGCGUCGAAGAAGCAACUCAAGAGCUGGACGAGAUCAUGUCCCGCAAACCACGCUUCAACAAAUGGAUCCUAGUUCUCAUGUACGGCCUAGCCAGUGCAACUGUCGGCCCAUUCGCCUUCAGCGCCCGGCCAAUCGACAUGCCUGCCAUCUUCUGUCUAGGUUGUCUAGUCGGUCUAAUGCAACACGUCCUCGCUCCCCGCUCCGUCCUCUACUCCAACGUCUUCGAAGUCACCGCCGCCGUCCUAACAUCUUUCCUCGCCCGCGCUCUCGGCAGCAUCAAAAUCACCCGCAACGGCCAAAGCGAAGAACUCUUCUGCUUCUCCGCCCUUGCUCAAUCCUCCAUCGCCCUCAUCCUCCCGGGCUUCAUGGUCCUCUGCAGCAGUCUGGAACUGCAAUCGCAUCAAAUGAUCGCCGGCUCUAUCCGCAUGGUCUACGCCAUCAUCUACUCCCUCUUCCUCGGCUACGGCAUCACAGUCGGCACGACGAUAUACGGCCUCAUCGACCGCAAUGCCUCCUCCGCAACCACCUGUUCCAACCUAGACGUGUACGGCUCCGCGUACGCACGCCAAUUCCCCUUCGUCGCUAUCUACGCCGUCUUCCUCGCCAUCGUCAACCACGGUAAAUGGAAGCAAAUGCCGGUGAUGGUCUUCAUCGCUGUCUCAGGCUACAUCACCAAUUACUUCAGCACGACCAAGCUCGGCUCCCAGUCUGAAGUCGCCAAUACCGUCGGCGCUUUCACCAUCGGCGUACUGGGUAAUCUAUACAGUCGGCUUUGGCACGGCCACGCCGCUACUGCUAUUUUGCCUGGUAUCUUUGUCCUGGUGCCGUCUGGUCUAGCAUCGAGUGGCUCGCUCAUCGCGGGUAUUCAGUAUGCGGACCAGGUGCGGUACAAUCUGGAGACGUCGGGGAAUAGUACUUCCACGAGUAGCUUGUCGGAUACUUCUGUGGCGAGUUUGGGCUUUGGCAUGAUUCAGGUUGCGAUUGGUAUUACGGUGGGCUUGUUUAUCGCUGCGUUGGUGGUUUAUCCGUUUGGUAAGAAGCGGACUGGGUUGUUCAGCUUCUAG